CAAAGCAGACCACCCCAUUCACUCGUCUCUCUAUUUCUUUUCAAAACAACAACCACAACAACGCGUAAACAGACUCAGACUCUGCCUGAGAGGCUGAGAGACGCUUCUUCUUCGCCUUCCCGCUGCCCCAUUCUCUCUCUCUUGCAUUAAAAGAAAAGAGUUAUUGUUAGGUUAGCUGAGCUUUAGCUAAUAGACAUAGCUGUAGUUUCAAUGGCGAAACCAAAGAAUAAUGCAAAAAAAGUGUCUUACAUCUCAGUUCCAUCACAAGUAAUCAACAGUUUAUCAUCUUCUUCCUUGCAAACACUGCUUCUUUCACCAAAGAAGCCAUCGAGAAACAAGUUUUUGAAUUGGAGCUUGUUUAAGAGUCCCAAAGUUUGGUUCUUUGCUCUUUUUAUCUUUGGUUUUCUUGGUAUGUUAAGGUUAUGGUUUGAUCUUGACCCUUUAGUUCCUCUCUAUUCAUACCCUUGUGUCACUAGUCAAACUCAAGACAACUCUUUCUCAAAUGGGUACUCAGGAUCAAAGCUUGCUUCUGCUUCAAAUGUUGAUAUAAAUAGCCUGAAGGAUCAAAAGGAUGGGUUUGCGACUAUUAAAGGGUCAAACUCAGUAGUGGGUUUGGCCUUAAUCAAUGAAAGACUUGGUGAUAAUGAAAAAUCUAAAUCUCUAAUCUCAAAUAGAUAUGAAACAUCAGAAGGAGAAGAGAGUGAGUUUUGGAAACAGCCUGAUGGACUGGGUUAUAAGCCAUGUUUGGAUUUUAGUAAGGAGUAUAGGAGAGGAAGUGAGUUGGUUGUAAAGGACAGGAGAAAAUAUUUGAUAGUUGUAGUUUCUGGUGGUAUGAAUCAGCAGAGGAAUCAAAUUGUGGAUGCUGUUGUGAUAGCAAGGAUUCUCGGUGCUGCUUUGGUUGUUCCUAUCUUGCAAGUCAAUGUCAUAUGGGGAGAUGAAAGUGAAUUUUCUGAUAUAUUUGACUUGGAGUAUUUCAAGAGAGUUCUAGCAAAUGAUGUGAGAAUAGUUUCAUCGUUGCCAUCAACACAUAUAAUGACAAGACCAGUGGAGGAGAAACGGACUCCUCUUCAUGUCUCCCCUCAAUGGAUUCGUGCACGCUAUCUAAAGCGACUUAAUCGGGAAGGUGUUUUGCUUUUGCGUGGUCUGGACUCAAGGCUCUCUAAAGACCUUCCUUCUGAUCUUCAGAAACUUCGAUGCAAGGUGGCAUUUCAUGCACUUAUAUUUGCUCCAUCAAUUUUGGAGCUUGGUAACAAGCUUGCAGAGAGGAUGCGGAGCAAGGGACCCUACCUCGCUCUUCAUCUCCGUAUGGAGAAGGAUGUGUGGGUGAGGACAGGGUGUCUUCCUGGUUUGAGUCCCAAGUAUGAUGAGAUUAUCAGCGAUGAGAGAAAACGACGGCCUGAACUCCUCACUGGAAGAUCUAAUAUGACUUACCAUGAGAAAAAACUUGCUGGUCUCUGCCCUUUGAAUGCUUUGGAGGUGACAAGGCUGCUUAAAGCUCUUGGAGCUCCAAGUGAUGCAAGAAUAUACUGGGCAGGAGGACAACCUCUUGGUGGUAAAGAAGCUUUGCUACCAAUAACCAACGAAUUUCCUCAUUUCUACAACAAGGAAGAUCUUGCCUUGCAUGGUGAGCUAGAACCUUUUGUAAACAAAGCUUCGGUUAUGGCUGCCAUUGAUUACAUAGUCUCCGAAAAGAGCGAUGUUUUCAUGGCAUCUCAUGGUGGAAAUAUGGGUCAUGCUAUCCAGGGACACCGAGCAUAUGCAGGGCACAAGAAAUAUAUUACCCCAAACAAAAGACACAUGCUUCCUUAUUUUCUCAAUUCUUCUCUUCCAGAAGCAGAGUUCAAUGUGAUCAUAAAGGACUUGCAUCGCGAUUCCCUGGGGCAACCAGAACUGAGGACCAGCAAAGACGGAAGGGAUGUCACAAAAUUUCCUAUUCCAGAAUGCAUGUGUAAUGAUUCACAUACACAUUCCUCCUUAUGAUUCACUGCUAAAGAUUGCCAGAAGACUGGAAGAACAGAUUACGUCUGGAAAAUGACAUGCAUCAGGAAAGUCGUUGAACCUGAGCUAUUUUCUGAAGGGCAGUAGCCACAAUAUUCCAAGCAAUGAUGGUUCUGGAGAUAACAUUUCUGAAGUACAGGUGCGGUGGAUGUGCUUUCAAUGCAAGUAAACUCUUUAUUCACCCAUCUACUUUCUGCUAGUGUGUAUUUGUUGUACAUUGAGAGAGCCAAGAUAGGUAUAUUUAGGCAAAAAUGAUAUAUUAUACAGAGUCAAUUUUUAAUAUUCUUUUAUAGGUUCUAGGCCAAAUUUUCCCUCUAUAAGAUAGAUUUCUUUUUUCAAUUUAUUAUUAUUUUUUUAUUGUACUAAAUUCAUUCUUUGCACUAAGUCUAUGUACCACAGAUCUAUAUGUUGUAUAUGUAUAAUAAAUAUUCCCCACUACCGAUUCCAUCAAGAUGAGAAUCUCAUUUGUAUCUUA